AGCUCUUUAGAGCCUCGUUGCGCUGGGCACCCCACCACUCUAGGGGCUUCAGAGAGGCCCAGCCCAAAAGACUCUGGGCGGGCGCCGGGCGCAGCUGUCUCUCCGCGUUUUCCUGUCCGUCUUUGUGUCUGUCUCUGUGUCUCUCUGGCUGUCUCCGAGCUUGCCUCCACUUCUAGAACUAAGCGCUUCCGGGACACCCACAACCCGCGCGCCCUCAUCCCUUUCCAAUGGCAGGAUACUUGCCCCCCAAGGGCUACGCCCCUUCGCCCCCUCCUCCCUACCCUGUGACCGCUGGGUACCCAGAGGCGGCACAGCAUCCCGGGCCGGGGCAGGCUCCAGUGCCCGCCCACGUGCCUGCCCCUGCUCCUGGCUUCGCUCUCUUCCCCUCGCCUGGCCCUGGUGCCCCGGGGCCUGCUGCCCCCUUCUUGCCACUGCCCGGAGUGCCUUCUGGCCUCGAAUUCUUGGUGCAGAUUGAUCAGAUCUUCAUUCACCAGAAGGUUGAACGAGUGGAAACCCUCCUAGGCUGGGAGACAGGUAACCGGUAUGAACUGCGCUCAGCCGCGGGACAGCCCCUGGGUCAGGCGGCUGAAGAGAGCAACUGCUGUGCCCGUCUGUGCUGCGGCGCCCGCCGGCCCCUUCGUGUCCGUCUGGUGGACCCCGGGGACAGAGAGGUGCUGCGCCUGCUCCGCCCCCUCCACUGUGGCUGCGGCUGCUGCCCCUGUGGCCUCCAGGAGAUGGAAGUACAGUCUCCACCCGGCACCACCAUUGGCCAUGUGCUGCAGACCUGGCAUCCCUUCCUCCCCAAGUUCUCCAUUCAGGAUGCCGAUCGCCAUACGCUCCUGCGAGUGGUGGGGCCCUGCUCCACCUGUGGUUGCGGUGCAGACACCAACUUUGAGGUGAAGACUCUGGAUGAGUCCCGCAGUGUGGGCCGCAUCAGCAAGCAGUGGGGGGGGCUGCUCCAAGAAGCCCUCACGGAUGCAGAUGACUUUGGCUUGCAGUUCCCGCUGGAUCUGGACGUGAAAGUGAAGGCUGUACUGCUGGGAGCCACAUUCCUCAUUGACUACAUGUUCUUCGAGAAGCGUGGAGGCACGGGGCCCUCUGCCAUCACCAGUUAGACGUCGCCUCAGGGUGAGGAGACUAUCACCUCAACCAGAAUCCAAGACGGUCACCUGGCCAGGCCUGGCCCCUCCUCAGAGGCGGCCCCUUCCGCCCAUGUACACUACUGGGGACAAACAGGGACGCCUAAGAAGCUGGGGACCAUGGUGCCCCGCCCCUACCCUACUCCCCUGGCCUCCUUCACCUGUGGCCCCCAGAGAAGGGUAUGUAUGAGAGCCCUUCCCCUGUUACCUCUCACCAUUGUCUCUGGCAAUCCCUCAGCACAAGGCAUAUCGGCAUAUUGGCUUUUAGACUCCCUGCUCGCUUCCUCCCACCCAGUUCCAGGGCCUCUACUCUGGCUGAGGUUUUUGGAAUCCAGGGCUCUGGGGUUUUACCACAGGAGCCAGGGUGGGGAAGGUAAGCAGCACCAAAGAUGGCUGAUACAGCCACCCUUCCCUGCAUCAGCUUGACCACUUAGUUCAGCCUCCGACCAUGGCACUUAGGGGGAGCCCCACUUCCCCAGCAACAGCUCUAGGGCCUAGGCCCCCGUGCCAGCCUCCUCUUCCCCUUGGGGCUUUCCCACAGCUGGUGCUUGCUGCAGCUUCCUGUGCCUUACUUAACCACCCCUCC